UAAAAAAUCUACCGCGUGGCAGUCACCUUGACGUUGGUGCGGUGGCUUGAGUUUCAAAGAUUCAUCUGAUCUACCACGUUUGGGGAAACCUAAAUCGGCAGUAAUUUUGAGGAGUUACGACCAAGAACUGCCACCCCUAAUCCAAGGUGAUGUAACCGUGCCUAUUGGAGUGGUUUGCAGCCAGGGGUAUCCGGCUGUAUUUUAACGGUGCCUCUUUGAAACCGGGUCGAAUCAAAGAGUAUCAAGACCUUAUCUUAUCAUGCGGAGCUCUGAUAUGAUGGACUUUUUUUAUUCUCUAGCUUAACGUGGGAACUAACCAAAAAUACAUAAAAUGUCGAAAAAAUCUAAUAACAACAAAAAUUUAAAAAAAAUCGUUGUCCAGCGGGAUGUCACCGCCAGCGAUUUAGCGAGUCAGAUGGAGAGAGAUCUCCAUGGCGACGACUCGAAACCGGGGUGCAGCAAAAAAGGUGCAAAGCCAAAGCAGCAUAAAAAGAACCGGUUAGCUCAAGGUGCGGUAUCAUCAGAAGCUAGCAGCGGGAGUAUCCCUCCUAAGGUGGAAGAUGGUACUAGGGCCGAAGUAGAUGCUAAAGAUGGGAACAAACCAUCAGAAGCAGAAUCGACUCCAUCGACAAUAACCAUAAAAGCACGCACUAAUCCGAAUCCGGGUUCAGGUGGUCAAAACGACUCACUAUACCGCGAUUCGCUUAGUGGAGCGGGCAAGAAAUGGUAUAGCAGAUUCCUGAGGCAAGGCUUGUCUCGGGAAGAAGCCAAGAAAAAGAUGGAGGAGAGAAAGCUAGCAAAUUCAAGCGAACCACCCAAAAGCCAAGACCAGGGUAAACGGAAGAGCAGCCAAAUAACUGCUCCUCAGAGGCAAGAAGUUAAAAAGCCCAGGACAAAUGCAACUGUCGAAACGGGACUUAGUACCGUCAAGGCAGGUGCUGAAGCACUGGGCUUAAGCUAUGCAAGUGUGGCAACUGGAAUUAAGGUUGCUGUCCUACCUAAGGAUUUUCCUGAGGCAUCUCUCAGUGCUGACGAACUGUCAACACUGGAAGAGGCCAUAAUUGAGGAGGUGUCCUUGGGAUGGACACACAAACUUAAAUUCAAUGGACUGCAUUAUAGAACAGGCUUCCUUUUAGUCGACUGCGUAGGGCAACCUACAGCAGAUUGGCUAAAACUAAAAGCCUCAGAAUUGCAAAAUUGGAAGGGUACCGAAUUGAUGGCAUGCUUGGGUGACGAUAUCCCCAAAAUGCAGCACAUCACUGUAUUCCUUCCAAAAAGCAGUGGGCAAGAGGACAGGAAGUCAUUGGCUCUCAUCCAAGCCCAAAAUGAAGGACUGGCAAUCCAGGCCUGGAGGGUGCUCAAAAGCACGGCAGAAGGAAAGGGGCAACUGAUGGUGAUCAGCAUUGAUUCCAAGUCGGCCGAUGCUAUAGUGAAGGCUCAACAUGAACUUCACUAUAAAUUCGGCAAAAUUGGUGUAUCAGGCCUAAAGAAACCAUCAGUGCCUACUACCUUGCAUAAGCCUGGAAACGUAGCACCCCAAGGGACCCAAGAGGUAGAAAUGUCAAAUACCCGUUUUCCUACUAUAGAUUCCAAUCAACCCAAUGAAACCCCACCCACAAACUCCCUACCACCCCUACAAAACACCCAACAAUCCCUCCCAUCCGGCAGCCAGGCAGAUUCACUGGACCUCAUGGGUAUGGAAAAGGUUCGUCUCGACGAUGAGUUAGAGGACAUGGACCUCACCUUGAGUCAAGCCGGGUCAGACGUGCUUCCUACUGAGGAGGAAGAAAACCAUCUGUUAGCAGAUGAGGGGGCAAUAGUCCCCAUCUGUUAAAACCAAAAUGAACGGACGCGGGAUCACCAAGCUAGCCCAAAUUAACCUCCACCACGCAAAAGCGGCAUCAGCCGUUCUGGUAAGAAAGUUUGCAAAGGAGAAUUUGGGACUAGCACUGAUCCAAGAACCUUGGACCUACAAAGGUCAGAAUUUAUGACGAGGGAUCUAGUACCGAUCCAGACCCAAAUUGAGUGUGAUGGUAUACCUCAAACGAUUGUUGUUGCGGCGGCUUACUUCCCAG